CAUGUUUGCCUUGGGAAUAAUAUUCUAUAAAUUAGAUAAAAGGCAAUACCCGUUGUUAUUUGAUGUUAUUCUCUACUGUGUAUUGUUCUAAUUAGAAAAGAAAGAAGUGUAAAAAUGGGAGCGAAGGUUGAAGAUCGCUUCCCGAUCAUUGUGAUUAUCAUCAUAAUAGCUGAGUUCUGUGAGAGAUUUUCUUACUCUGCGAUGCGAGCUUUUCUCACGUUAUACUUACGAAGCAAACUUGGAUUUUCGGAUGAAAGUGCUACUGAGACCUAUCAUGUAUUUUGUACACUCAUUUACGUCUUCCCAAUAAUUGGUGGUAUACUGGCAGACAACUGGCUUGGAAAGUUCAGGACAAUCGUCUAUAUGAUGUUUAUAUACUUAGCGGGAAAUGUGCUUGUCGCUGUUGCUGCAAUACCUCAUCUCAAUUUACCUGUAAAAUUUAGCACAAUACUGGGUCUCUUUAUGAUAACCAUCGGGACUGGCGGUAUCAAACCGUGCGUGUCAUCGUUAGGUGGGGAACAAUUUAAACUUCCACAGCAGGAGAAGCAUCUGGCUAUGUACUUUAGUAUUCUCUACUUCACUCUAUGUGUUGGGAGUUUGAUAGCAAAAACUGUGUCACCAAUACUGAGGUCUGAAGUGCAAUGUUUUGGAGAUAAGGAUUGCUAUUCGCUUGCUUUCGGCGCACCUGGGAUUGUUGUAAUGUUUUCUAUAGUUAUAUUCGUCAGUGGUAAAAAGAGAUACAUUUUGGCGAAACCAGAAGGCAAUAUUGUUUUAACAUUUGUAAAGUGUAUUUUUUCAGCGUUGAAGAACACCAUAAAGAAGGGAAGAAGUAAAGAUGUGCAUUGGUUGGAUAAUGCCCACAGCAAGUUUGACAAAAGGUUUAUAACUGAUGUAAAGAGAACGUUAUCAAUUCUCGUAUUAUUCACCGUGUUGCCUGUGUUUUGGGCUUUGCUGGAUCAAAUGGGCUCCAGAUGGACUUUACAAGCAACAAAAAUGAAUGGGAAAUUGGGCUUUGUAACAAUAAAACCAGAUCAGUUACAAGUGAUAGCACCCAUUAGCAUUUUAAUAUUCAUUCCUUUGACGCAGAAGUACAUCUAUCCAUUUUUGGAGAAACACAACAUUUUGACGAAUCCUCUUCACAAGUUGAGCGCUGGUGGAAUACUAGCAGGUGUCGCCUUCAUAGCGUCUGCACUUGUUGAGAUUUAUAUUAAAACAACUUACCCCAAUUUACCACAAGCUGGUUUCGUCCAACUACGGAUCUUUAAUGGAAACCCGUGUUCAAUGUCAAUAGAAAAUGAAAACUAUCAAAUAAUGUAUACAAUUCCAUCUCUCUCACACUACACUAACAAAUACUUGCCAGUGAAAGGGACAGAAAACAUUACAAUAAGCUUAGGAGGAAGUUGUUUUGCCCCACGCGAUGUAAUCUUUCACGUUGAGGAAAAAUUGGCGAAUUCAUUUUUUGUCACUGGUGAUGAAGUUGUAAGAUUUAUUGAUAAUGUUGAUAAAAGCAAGUCGGGGCUGCCAGUUGUAAGGUUUCUGAUAUCAAACAACGUAAUAAAUACAAAAACGACUCUUUAUAAUGAUGGGCGCGAUGAAGAGGAGUUGAUAUUGAACAGAGGAGUAUCUCGACAGUUAGAAGUAUUCGCUUCUACUUACUCAAUCAGAGAUAAUAAUAGUAUUAUCAUGGAAAACAUAAUGAUGGAUAGUGGCGGUGUUUACAUUAUUGUCAUGAAUAAGGAGGAAAAUAUAACGGCAAAACUAAUUGUGUUAUCUGAAGCGAACUCGAUUACAAUGGCGUUACUACUACCUCAGUUCCUGAUUAUGUCCUUAGCCGAGGUACUUUUUGCAGUAACGGGCAAUGAGUUUGCUUUUAAAGAGUCUCCUGAGAGUAUGAGAGCCGUGAUGUAUGCUGUUUGGCUGCUGACAGAGGCGAUGGGAAACGUAAUUAUUAUCAUAAUUACACGCAUCUUUGUUGAUUUUCAACAGGAAACGCAAUCCUUUAUUUACUCAGGAUUGAUGUUCUCAGCUAUAUUGAUAUUUCACUAUCUCUCACGAGGUUACCAGUUCAGCCAUGACGCCGAGAGUAAUAGAUGUCGGAGUGACAGCCGCGUGGCGUAUCACCAGGUGAAGGCGGAAACUGUACAAUAACUGUGAUCUCUUAUUAAUAAAAAUAUUUAUAUACUU